AUGCGCAGAAAGAUAGCAAGAACCGUCACUCUUGUCCCUCGUUGCUCAUGUCCCUCCCAUCGCGUUUGUCCCUCCCGUCGCUCCCGUCCCUUUUCCAUCCCGUCGCUCACCGCUUUCCCUUUCCGUCGCCCACGCUCUUCCAUCCCGUCGCUCACCGCUUUCCCUUUCCGUCGCCCACGCUCUUCCAUCCCGUCGCUCACCGCUUUCUCUUCCCAUCGCCCACGUUUUUCCUUUCGUUCCCCCUCGCAUUCCCUUCCCGUCUUUCCCGCUCCUCCCGUCGCUCCCGCUCCCGCUCCUCCCGUCGUUCCCGCUCCUCCCGUCGCUCCCGCUCCCGCUCCUCCCUUCGCUCCCGCUCCUCCCGUCGCUUCCGUCGCUCACGUCGCUCACGUUGCUCCCGUCGCUCUCUUCCCUUCGGUCCCUCCCGUCCCUCUCCGCCUCUCGCCUUCCUUCCCUCUUCGCCUCUCCUUUUUCCCUACACAGUUCUACCCUUCCCUACACAGUUCUACCCUCCGCCUCUCGCCUCUGCGCUGCGUCCCCCCUUCCCUACGUGCAGCGUCCCCGCUUACGCACAUUUCCCGCCCCCUUUCCCUACGUGCAGUUUCCCCCUUUCCCUACGUGCAGUUUCCCCCUUUCCCUACGUGCAGUUUCCCCCUUUCCCUACGUGCAGUUUCCCCCUUUCCCUACGUGCAGUUUCCCCCUUUCCCUACGGUCUUCUCAAGUCGCGCCCCCGACUUGCGACUCACAAAAUGCAUGUGCAGCACCACCACGCACCUUUCGCGGUUAUGA